AUGUUUUCUCCCACCAAAGCCCCCAAGCGCAGCGACAUGAUCCUCGCCAUGAACGAUCCCUACAUGCAACAAAUCAUCGACGGCACCAAGACAUACGAGUUUCGAAAGUACAACAUGGCAGGCAUUCAGCGCAUCUGGUUCUACCGCACCGCUCCCUACUCCGCCAUAACUCACAUCUGCCCUGUCAACGAAGCCGUGACGAGAAACUCCGGUAAUAAGUCGCUGCCUGAAGAUGGGCUGGGGAACAAAGAAUACAAUGACAAGGACGCUUAUUACGAGGGCUAUGAUUUUGCGUAUCGGAUUAAUGCGGUUUAUGAGAUUCAGGCGGAGGGUGGACGCGGGAUUACUUGGAAGAUGAUGAGGGAUGAGCAUGGAAUGAAGAUUGCGCCACGGGGAAGGGUCAGAGUUCCUCAGUCAAUGAUUGAGCAGUACCUCUUGGAGGAUCAGAAGAAAGUUCUGUGA